AUGUCAAUUAUCACAGGUAGUGCGGCUGGGAGUUUCUCUUCAGGAAACACUGGUGGAGAAGAAGUUCAACAGCAACAACAACAAGAGCUUUUAAAUCAUGCAAACUUUCAUGGCUCAAACUCCUUCCUUUCAACAACACCACCAAAUAUCAAUAGCAAUGGUACUCAACCAAAGCAACCUACCCAAGCGAAGAGGAAAAGAAACCUACCAGGAACUCCAGACCCAAGUGCUGAAGUGGUUGCCUUAUCACCAAAGACCCUGAUGGCCACCAACCGAUUUGUGUGCGAAAUUUGCAAGAAGGGGUUCCAAAGGGACCAAAACCUGCAAUUACACAGAAGAGGCCACAACUUGCCAUGGAAGCUUAAGCAAAGAACAAGUACUGAAAUCAUAAAGCGGGUCUAUGUCUGCCCCGAACCCUCUUGCGUCCACCAUGACCCGUCGCGUGCACUUGGGGAUCUUACCGGCAUCAAGAAGCACUUCUGCCGGAAGCAUGGUGAGAAAAAGUGGAAAUGUGACAAAUGCUCCAAGAAGUAUGCGGUGCAAUCGGACUGGAAAGCUCAUUCAAAGACCUGUGGUACUAGAGAAUACAAAUGUGACUGUGGAACCAUCUUCUCCAGAAGAGAUAGUUUUAUCACCCACAGAGCUUUCUGUGAUGCCAUAGCUGAAGAAAAUAACACAGCAAACCAAGGAGUGUUAAUGUCCAACAAUAUUAACAUGGGAGCACCAAUCUUACAAGGUCAAGUUUCCAACAGCGACCUCAUCAGCCCUUCCUCCAUCAACAACAGCAACAAAACCACCAACAAUCCAUCAACAAGAUCAGGCACAACAUCUGAUCAAUUCAACCAUAAUUUUGAUACCAAAAUCCCUUUAUCCUUAGUGCCCCAACAACCCUUGCCAAUGUCCUCAAAACCCUUAAACAUGUUACCAAGAAGCCUAAACAACAACAACAACACUUCUUCAUCAUCACCAUCACCACUGCUCUUCGAAUUAAGUCGCGGGCAUGGCCUCCCCAGCUCAUCAGGCCACUUGUCCGCCACGGAGCUGCUCCAGAAAGCUGCGCAAAUGGGUGCAACCAUGAGCAGCACUAGCCCUAGCCCUAGCGGUACAACAAUCACAAGCAUGGCACCCUCAACAUAUGGUACAACUACUGCCGGUGGGUACAAUGUGAACCCCUUCAUGCAGCACAGAGAUCAUCAUAACGUCAAUGUUGGUCCACAAUUAGAGAACUCGUUUUUCGGUGCUAAUAAUUACGCCCAAAUGGGAAUGUAUGGCGGGCUUUUAUUCGAUCCUCAUCAAAACAAUGGCUUGUUGAAGAACAUGGAGCAGGACAAUAAUGGAAAUUCAAGUAAACUUGGGUUGAGGGGUACUAAUGUGAGUGGAGGGGAUACGUUGACGGUUGACUUUUUGGGGAUCGGAGGGUCAGCAAAUGUCAAUAGACCAGAAGAUUUUCAUGGUCAACAAAAACAGCAACAUGACCAGCAUCAGCAGCUGCAGCAAGAUCAGUUGGGGUUCGGAGGAAUUGAUGAUGAUCACCUAAGAAUGCAAAGGUUUAAUUGA